AUGAAGAAAAAGACUCGUCCUUCGGGAGGAGCUGUCGGUCGGAGAACAAUUUUACAACUUUCUCCUUCUGGUGUCCGUGGCGGGAAUGCCGGGGAGAGGGAGGAAGGACUCUCGGGAUCCGAAGCAGAAGAGCAAGAAGGUGAAGGACAGCGAUUUACGAGACCGAGAACUAACAAUAUGAAGGCUCCUGCUGUUAAAGCAACCGAGGGGUUAUCCUUACUGGGAGCUUAUGAAGAUAGUGAUGAAGAGGAUGCAACUGAGGCCCGACCAACUACUACUACUCAGCAAAAGCAUUCGGCUGAUAUUGACAGUACAUUGGCUAACUUCAUGGCUGAAAUUGACGCUAUCACCACUCAGCCGAGUUCAGACGACGCAGCAGGUCAGCCUGCUAACUCGCCCAAACCAGAUGCGAACCAGUCUGGCGCAAGUGUGGGACAAAGCGCACAGUUGGAGUUCAAUACGCAGUAUUCAUUAGCUGGAGUUGCAGUGGAAAUGGGGGACUGGCAAGAAGUGUGGGACGAUAACUCCGGCUGCCAUUAUUACUGGAACACUCAGACCAACGAAGUCUCCUGGGAGCUGCCCAAUUAUCUCGCCGAUCAAGUGCAAAGACUGGCACAACAAGUCAGCAGCGUUAACGGAAACGGGACGUCUAGCGAAAGCGCCCCUGCUGCCGCGCCGACAUCAACUCAAGAAACUAAAGCCAAGGAGUUGAUGGAGAGCGUAGUGGGCCUGACCAGCAAAGAAGAAGAACGCUGCGGUGUGGCCGCAUCCCUUUUAGGUCCAAUCAUCCCAGCCGAAGUCAAAGACGCAGAAGAAAAAUGGCGGAAGAGACUCCUGAAAGGUUUGGACGAAAACGAGACCGGUUUGGACUCUGACGGCGAAGCGGGCCGAGCCGCGGAAUCCCCCGCCGCGCCUCCGCCGGACUCGGACGCUGCGAUCCAAGUGGCGGAGAAAGAUUCCGAUGACAAGAAACCAUCAGAGGAAAACUCUGACGCUGAAGGUGGGCCUGAAGAAGACACGGUAGAGCUGGAACUGGUUCUGGAGAGGAAGAAGGCGGAACUCCAAGCCCUAGAGGAAGGCGAAGGAAGCGCAGGAGGCUCCAGUCCUUGUUCCGAAACCAGCCAAGAUGCCGUCAAGAAAAAACGCUGGAAAAGCGUCUUUCCCGGCGCGCCCAGUCCGGAUUCCAACAGUCGGGGCUCAGAACCUCAGGAGAACACGCAGACAGCUAAUAUGAAAAUUCCAGAAAGUGUCGAAGCAGAAGAUGACGGUGAGAACGAUAAAUCGGAGCAAAAAGCAGAUGCUCCAACCAAAGAAGAAUUGGAGACAGCUGAGCUCAGGUUUCAGAUCGGCGAGCUAGCAAACACCUUAACAAGCAAGAUGGAGUUCCUGGGCAUUCACAAGAAGGCCGUCUCCAACUUUCAGUUGCUUCUGCUGCAAACUGAGACACGGAUCGCAGACUGGCGGGAGGGCGCGCUGAACGGGGUCUAUCUUCGCCGCCGGCUCCAGGAAGCCGCCGAACACAUAAAACAUUAUGAACUUAACGCCGCCCCUAAAGGCUGGUCCUGCCACUGGGACAGAGAGCACAGGCGGUAUUUUUAUGUCAACGAGCUGACCAAUGCGUCGCAGUGGGAGUUCCCGACCGAAGAGGCCAAGGGGAACCCAACGACUCCGGGAGACGGACAAACUACGUCGGCGUCCAACGGCGGGGCUUCGGGAGCGUCUGUUCGCGCCCCCACCGCCCCGCCCGCGCCCCCUCGCUCCGGCAAACCCUGGUCCCCGCCGCGGCCCCCGCUUCCCGACAGCCCGCCUCCGCCCCCCGAGCUCCCGCCCCUUCCGCCUCUCCCGCCCGAAUCCCCCCCUGCGCCUCCCCCGCCCCCGGACAGCGACGGCGAGAUCAUGGAGGUGGAGAUGGAGAUGGACGACGACAAUGAUUUGGAGCCGCCGGCCCCUGGGACCGAAGGCGACGGCAGCGGGUGGCCCCUUUCUAACAUUGUUAAGGUCUCGGAUUCCUGUCCGCUGGGCAAAGGUCAAAAACGCAAAGCGGGUCAACUGAAUAAAGCAGUUAUCGGAAGUAGUCCCAUCCUCUACACGCAGCACGUCGCCACUGCAGCACCUAUCGUCACGGCGCCUGUCUACUGGGGCGUCCCGGCAGCGCCCCUGGUACCCUGCGAACCACCUCUUCCACCUGUUCCGGCGGUGGCGCCACAACCGCCGCCCCCGCCUCAGCCACCCGUCGAACAGCCCAAAGCCACUCCUGUGGAAAAGACAAAGAAAAGCAAGAAGGAUAAGAAGGCGAAGACAAAAAUGCCCUCCUUGGUGAAGAAGUGGCAAAGCAUCCAGAAGGAGCUGGAGGAGGAGGAGAAAAGCAGCUCCAGCGACGAAGACCGAGAACAGCUCAGCAAAAAGAGCAUCGAAGAGUGGAAGCAGCAGCAGCUCCUCACAGGAAAGGCUUCCAAGAAUGCCAACUUCGAGGCACUUCCUGAAAAUUGGAGGGAUCGACUGAAGAAAAGGAAGUUGAACAGCACAUAA